AUGCUGGUUGCAGGGAGUGGUGGUGGUGGUGGUGGUCCAAUUAACCUGCACAACUCAUCCGCAACCCCUCUCACCGCCAUCGCAAUCAUGUUGCUCCCCUCAGCCAUAGGCUGCGACUCGUCCUCCCAAAGCGCGCACAAACCGCGUCUCCAAACCUCCCUCUUCGCCUCCCCACCGCUCUCACCGCCGCGCUCCUCCUCCGCGGGCCCAACGCUCAACAACCUCUACUCCACCUGCCGCGCCCUGCAAUCUAUGCUCACCACGCCCAACCAACUCCCCUCUCCACCCACUACACACGCUGAAGUCCCCGCCGCAGCGUCGCCGUUCAAACUGCGGUUGCGCGCACGCAGGACGGAUGACUUGGCGCAGGCGCAAACGCCUAGGAAGAAGAUCACGAAGCGCGGACCACCGCCGAGAGGCAUCAAUAAGAGGCGGAGAGUGGCGGACGAUGAUAUGAGCCAUGGGCGUGCGCAGCAGGAAGACGAAGACGAAGACGAUGCGAGUGUUGCUGCACAGGAAGAGAAGGAGGAUGAUGAAAACGGGCCGCGCACACCAAAGCGUGCACGUCUACUCGCGCCGCCCGUUCUCCCACUCGGUCUUGAGCGCGGCGACUUCCACUCAUUACUCGCUGCAUCCACUCCGCAGGACAACAACGAAGUGCUGCCGAGUAUAGAAGGCAGCGAUGCACAGCAGAGCGAUUUCUGGUCUACAGAAGAAGACCGACUACUCGUAGAACUCGUAUUAGAGAAACUCAAGCUCACAAAGAGCGAUUGGCAGGACUGUGCGAGGAGUCUGGGCAAGGAUAGGGGAACUGUGGGGAGGCGGUGGAAGAGCCUGAUGGGGGGUGGGGAGGUGGGGUUGAAGCAUAGGCCGAGGAGGGCCAAGUUACAUUCUACGUGGAGAUGA